AUGCUCUGCCAUCAUCUCGUCAGGGCUACAAACACCCACCACAAGAUGGCGGAAGCUCCAGGACCAGCAUCAAAGCAGCAGCAGCAGGAGCAGGCGUCUCAGGACCAUGUUGAGCAUGUUGCAACAGCCGCAACAAAGCCCAUAGCAGCUGUCGGCGCCACGGAGAACAAUGACGACGUGGAAGAAGCACAAACCAGUCCCGCCGCCACAGCGCCGGAACCAGCAAAGAAAUCGCUGUGGUGGGCGUGGGUGUACAUGUUCGACUGGUACCCCAGGCACUAUCCGGAAGAAGAGCGCAAGUUCCUCCGCAAGCUCGACUGUUUCCUGCUGACAUUUACAUGCGUCGCCUUCUUUCUCAAGUGGCUGGACCAGAGCAACAUCAACAACGCGUACGUCUCGGGCAUGAAGGAGGAGCUGGGGCUGUACGGCAACGAGUACUCGCUGUUUGGCGCCUUUUACAACGUCGGCUACAUCAUCUGCCAGGUGCCGGCCAUGCUGAUCCUGUCGCGGCCGAGGCUGUCGCGCUACUUCCUCCCGACCAUGGAGGUGCUGUGGAGCAUCCUGACCUUUGCGCAGUCCAGGCUGCGGUCGGCCGGCGACAUCUACGGCACGAGGUUCCUCCUGGGGCUGCUCGAGACGCCCGUGGCGUCGGGCUCGCUCUUCAUCAUGAGCAGCUGGUACAAGCCCGAGGAGCUGUUCAAGCGGACGGGCGUCUGGUUCGUCAGCAACAACAUCGGCGUCAUCAUGGGCGGUUACCUGCAGGCGGCGGCCUACACCAACCUCAACGGCGUGGGCGGCAUGUCGGGCUGGAGGUGGCUGUUUGUCAUGGACGGCUGCAUCUCCCUGCCGCUCGCGGUGCUGGGCUACUUCAUCUUCCCGGGCAUGCCGGCCAGCAGCAGGCCGUGGUGGAUGACCGAGGCGCAGCACGCCAUGGGCCGGCGGAGGAUGCGCGACGUCGGCGUCGAGGAGCCCAGGCGGCUUUCGCUCGAGACCUUCAAGACGCUGCUGGCCAAGCGGAGGUGGCAGUGGUACGGCCUGGGCGUGCUGGCCUACGUGCUGUUCCUGUCGAGCAGCUACCCGCACGGCCAGAUGGCGCUGUGGCUCAAGGACCAGGCCGCCAAGCACGGGACGUACACGGUGCCGCAGAUCAACACCAUCCCGACGGGCGCGCAGGGAGUGUCUGUGGUCACGGCCGUGCUGGCCACGUCCCUGUGCAUGGUGUAUCCGACGUGGGCGGUAUUUACCGUCGUGCAGUGUUUGUUUUUGUUUGCGAAUAUCUUGUUGAUGGUUUGGUACAUCCCUGACGGGCUGAAAUUCUUUGCCUACUACCUACUUGGCAUCAGCGCAGCCAUCACUCCGAUCCUGGUACCGACUGUGAACUACUGGCUAAAGGAUAGCGCAGCUGCCGUGAAUUCCCUUUUCCUUGCCGGGGUACCUGUGCUUGCCUCUGCUUGGCUGUCCUGA